AUGGAUGGAUAUGAUGUGUUUGUAAGUAAGGCUAGAAGGAAUCAGAAUGAUGGUGUGAUUGUGUAUGUGAAUAAAUGCUUUGCUGUGAGUUGUGAGGAAGUGCGAUUAUAUUCCAACAAAAGCUUUACUUGUGUCGACUCAGAGGUUGCCCAGCGAUUGUUGCGGUCACAUGACUGGUCCUCGGUACUCGCUACUGAGGACGUCGAUGUGGCCUGCGAGGAGUUUGUGCGACAGUUGCAGGAGAUCACAAAUAACCAAACUUUAGAAGAGGACUCAAUAAAAAAAAUUGCUGAUGCCUUUAAUGACUACUACGUAGAUGUAGGUGCCAACCUAGCUCGUGGUGUCCCUCAGGUUCUGGAGCCAGUAAUCAACGAUGACGAUUUCCAGACGGAUACCACUUUCCAGCUGUCGCCCGUGGGUGAGGCGGAGCUGUCAACUGUCGUUCGGGGUAUGAGAGGGGGGUCUGCUCCUGGGGCUGAUAACAUUCCGGCCCCAAUUUGUGUGGUGGGAAUGACAACACGCAUAGACGUCACUGAGUUGUUAGAAAAGCGAGUCAAGUCACGAUUUUCCCACAGGACGAUUCUUCUGCUUCCUGCUCCAACAGAUAUAGAAAGGAUGCAGUUGUUUAAGUCAUUAUUGUGUAUAGAAAGUGAAUCUGGUCGGAGAAAAGAUAAAUUCGUCCAAAACUGGAACUCCUCGGUCAACAAUUUGUGUGGCAAUAGUGAAGUGAAAGAAGUUGUAGAAAAACUGUUAUUCCAUGAUAUUAGUGAGAAAUCAUUUAGAUCAUUUUUGUUGUAUCUUGUAAGCCAACUGUCUGUCUCCAAUACCACAGGCGCUUCACUAACUGCUGAAGAUGUGUUGGAAUGUUAUGAGAACUGGUCUCAAGAUGACAAGGUGUCUAUUCUUCAGGGGCUUUCAACAUUAGAACUUUGCUUGGUGAUAGCUAUUUGCCAUCAAAUGGAGCUGUAUGAUGAAGUGCCAUUCAACUUUGAGAUGAUUUUACAAAGAUAUCUCAACUUUGCAAGGCAGUCACAUAGUGUUAAGAUAGGCGAAAGAUCCGUUAUACUUAAAGCAUUUGAAAGGAUUCAGGCACUUGAGUUAAUUAUUCCCGUAAGCGGUAUGGCUGGUCGCAGUGGGUUGAAGGAAUACCAAAUGUACAACUUUAUACUUAGGAAGGAUCAGGUGCAAAAAGCCAUUCAAGCUUAUCCUGGUUUGCAAACGGAUGUUAUUCAGUGGUCCAAAAGUAGUCUUGAUUGAGCCAGCGUGUGUUCGCUUUAAGAGUGUGUACUUAUUUAUUUGAUACAAUUUUUACAAAUGUGAAUAAAAGUUUGUUAAUUUGAUAAUGUUA